AUGGUUCCAGUGAUUCCAUUUGUUGUAUCAUCCUCCAUUCGAAUUACCCCUGCAAAGCAGCUUUGGGUUUCAAAAGUAAAUGAUUCAGUGAAGAUCCGAAUGGCGGAAUCGGGCCUUGGUUCUGAGGAUCCUCUCACUGUUCACCAAAUGUUCAAGUACUCAGUGGAGAAAUAUCACAACCAUAUCGCUUUAGCUUACAAGCGCGAUGAACAUUUGUACAGGAUUUCCUACUCUAUUUACUACGAGAAAUGCAGGAUGACAGCAAAGGGCUUUUUGAAGCUUGGACUUGACCGCUACCAUGGAGUUGGUAUUAUGGCAUACAACUGCCCAGAGUGGUUCUUUGCCAACAUAGGAGCAAUUAUGGCAGGUGGCUUAUCUGUUGGGAUUUACAUGACAAGUUCUCCUCAAACAUAUCAACAUUUGGCCUUGAAUACAAAGGCAAAUAUUCUAGUGGUGGAGAAUCGCAAAUUAGCAGAAAAAGUCCUCAAGGUUAAAAAUGAAUUGCCCCAUCUCAAAGCGAUUGUUCAGCUCAAGGGUAGGAAGAAAGCAACUGAUCCGAAGAUUUAUACAUGGAAGCAGUUGAUGGAAUUGUCGAACGAUAUAGCAGAUAAGCAGCUGGAUGACAUUAUUGACUCUCAGUAUGCUAAUCAGUGUUGUCUGAUAGCAUACACAUCAGGCAGUACAGGAGCUCCUAAAGGAGUAAUGAUCAGUCAUGAUAAUAUAACAUGGAAUGCCAAUACAUCAGGAAUAAAUAUGGAUUUUGGCCAUAACAAUAGUCAGGAAAGACUGGUCAGUUAUAUGCCCUUGAGUCAUGUUGCAGUACAGAUUAUGGAUUUAUGGAUUCAGAUGGCUUUUGGAGGCCUUACGUAUUUUGCUAAUUUGGGAAAAAAUAAAAACACCAGCAAGCUACCCUGGCAAAUUUGUGGCCACUGCCUGGAGAAGAAAAAGCAUCAUAACUUGUAUUUACAGAACUCCUUUCACGUAACGAAGGCAUCAGUGCCCCUUUGCUACAACGUGGCGAAUGCUCUGGUGUUUAAGAAGGUUCAUGAAGAAAUGGGUUUGGAUAAAUGUACAAGGAAUUUUGUUGGAGCGGCACCCAUUUCUAAACGUACUCUGGAUUUCUUCCAUAGCCUCUGCAUCUUCAUUAUGCCAAUUUAUGGCUUGAGUGAGAGCACUGGUCCACACACAACUUCAAUCUCACAUCAGUGCCAGCCUUUAAGCUGUGGCAAGGUGAUGGAGGGUUGCAAGAUAAAAAUUUACAAAACGGAUGAGAAGUUGGAUGGAGAAAUCUGUUUAUGGGGAAGGAAUAUUUUCAUGGGAUACCUGAAUAUGCCAGAACAGACUGAGCAGACUAUAGAUGCGGAAGGCUGGAUGCACACUGGAGACUUGGGAUACCUCAGUAACGAUGAUUUCCUGUUUCUAACUGGCAAAAUAAAAGAAUUUGUCAUCCUGGGAAAUGGAAUGCACAUUAACCCCUUACCCAUUGAGGAUGCUAUUAAAAAUGAGUUAACAAUCGUCAGACAUGCAGUACUCAUUGCCAUUGCGAAUGAUCUCAUUAUACUUCUGACACUGAAGUGUGAGGUCAAUGAAAACACUGGUGAACCAUCUGACGUAUUGACCCGAGAAACCAUUGCCUAUUGCCGACGGAUUGGGAGUAAAGCCACGACUGUGUCUAACAUUUUAUUCCAAAAAGACCCUGCAAUUUACAAUGCCAUAACAAAGGGCAUUGAGAAUGUGAACAAAAAGACCAACUCAAACAUUCCCAAAAUGAACACAUUCAUCAUAUUGAAGAGAGAUUUCUCAAUUUACGGAGGAGAAUUAGGCCCAACUCUGAAAGUGAGAAGGCAUGUUGUGGAACAGCUGUACAAGGAGCAAAUGGAUUGA